UUUCAUCAAAUUAUUCAAAUUCCACACACACAAAAUAAAACUACAGCCGUGAGAAUAAGCUGGAUCAUCAGAAGCAAAAUUCGCCUGAGGUGGUGGAUCCACCGAUGGCUGAACCGUCAAGGAAAGUCGAUCGCCUGACCUCCUCCUCCUCCUCUUCUUCUUCUUCUAGGUCCGGUGAAGAAUCCGUGACUGUUGAGAAGGAAAAUAGAGAAGUAAUUGGUGGUUCAGUUAACAAUGGCGUUACUGACUCUUCAGGGACCCCUCGGAUGGAACUUACCAGAGUAAAUACGUUGCCUCAAGAGAUUUUUAGUGCUGAGAAGCCACAAUCACCUUCAGAACAUCUUAAGUUGGGAAGAUCAAGAACUGAGACACCGACACAUAGUAGCGGGUUUGCUCAAGAGGCAGCAAAAAUUUUUGAUAAUAAAGUUUCCGAACAACAGAAGCUCAAAUUGUUGAAGAGAAUAGCUACUGUCAAAGAUGAUGGUACUGUGGAAUUUGAUAUUCCGGGUGAUGUUGAAACCACCAGAGUGCUUGGAACUGGAUCUGAAAGUGUACAUACUGCAGUUGAGGAUGAAUCUCUUGAUGCAACAGAACUUCAAUAUUUUCCACCUAUGCAGAUUGUAAUGCUUAUUGUAGGAACACGCGGUGACGUGCAGCCCUUUACUGCAAUUGGCAAGCGUCUGCAGGAUUUUGGCCAUCGAGUGAGGUUGGCGACCCAUGCAAAUUUCAAAGAGUUUGUCUUGACUGCUGGACUGGAAUUCUAUCCCCUUGGGGGUGAUCCAAAAAUAUUGGCUGGAUACAUGGUAAAAAACAAAGGAUUCUUACCUUCCGGACCUUCAGAAAUCCCUACUCAGAGAAAUCAGUUGAAGGAUAUUAUAUACUCUCUACUCCCAGCCUGCAAAGAACCUGAUAUGGAUACAGGAGUUCCCUUCAAAGCAGAUGCAAUUAUUGCUAAUCCCCCAGCAUAUGGGCAUGCACAUGUUGCAGAAGCAUUGAAAAUCCCAAUUCAUAUAUUUUUCACAAUGCCAUGGACGCCAACUACAGAAUUUCCUCAUCCUUUGUCCCGUGUUAAGCAACCAGCUGGAUAUAGGCUAUCAUAUCAGAUUGUUGACUCCUUGAUUUGGCUAGGAAUACGCGACUUAAUAAAUGAUGUUAGGAAGAAAAAACUGAAACUACGACCAGUCACAUACUUAAGUGGUUCCCAAGGCUCUGAGUUGGAUAUCCCACAUGCAUAUAUUUGGAGUCCUCACCUUGUUCCUAAGCCAAAAGAUUGGGGACCUAAGAUUGAUGUGGUGGGAUUUUGCUUCCUUGAUCUUGCGACGGGUUAUGAACCUCCAGAGUCACUUGUUAACUGGCUUAAAGCUGGUCCAAAGCCCAUAUACAUUGGGUUUGGUAGUCUUCCAGUUCAAGAUCCACAGAAAAUGACUGAGACAAUUGUUAAAGCACUCGAAAUCACUGGGCAAAGGGGAAUCAUUAAUAAAGGAUGGGGUGGUCUUGGAGACUUGGCGGAACCAAAAGAUUUUGUGUAUUUGCUCGAUAACUGUCCCCAUGAUUGGCUUUUCUUACAGUGUGCUGCAGUGGUGCACCAUGGGGGUGCCGGAACAACUGCUGCUGGUCUUAAAGCUGCGUGUCCAACAACUAUUGUCCCUUUCUUUGGCGACCAGCCAUUUUGGGGCGAAAGGGUGCAUGCCAGAGGUGUAGGCCCUUCACCCAUACCAGCUGAUCAAUUUACACUUGAUAAGCUGGUUGAUGCAAUCAAAUUCAUGCUUGAUCCACAGGUGAAGGAGCGGUCGGUAGAGCUAGCCAAAGCUAUGGAGAAUGAAGAUGGGGUCACUGGAGCAGUAAAAGCCUUCUUUAAGCAGCUACCACCCAAAAAACUCGAGCCUGAGCAGUCAUUGCCUAAAGAAUCAAGUGUCUUUUCAAUAAGAAGCUGCUUUGGCUGUUCCUAGACCUGAGUGGUAAAAGAUGUACUCCUGUAUUUGUGCAUUCUUCUCUAGUAACUAUUGUGUAUCCCAUUCUUGUAAUUAUGUAUUAUUAUUUAUAUGUAUUGCCACCGGUUAUCUUCUGCCAGAAAGAAAUUAUGAGCCGGUCUAUGCCGACCCCAACUUGCUUGGGAUUGAGGCGUAAUUGUUGUAAUCAUCACUCUUCCAUGAAUUUACUUGCACAUUGCUUCCCCCAAAAAAUACCAAUUGUAUUUCAUCAAAGAAGAACCCAGGUUGUAAUGACAGUUCCAAAUUUUCCUAGAA